UGUUGUAUAUAAAUGUAAAAACUUAGUUCAGACUGAACAGAAAAAUUUCAUAUUUUAUGUAAGAUUUUUAAAUUUGGCGGUAGUCAUACUUUUUAGUAGCCAACCUGACGAAAUUAGGGAUCCGUUAAAUUAACAGUACCAAAAUAUUCAAAAAUUAUCUUUCUUAAUAUGGAAAGUUGUAAUUUUGUUUUUGAUAUUAUUGUGACUCAUUUUGAGUGUACCACCGUCAAAAUACCUGAUCCCAACAGACUGAAAGUAAUCGCUAACUUCAAUAACACCAAAGUGCCAAUAACAGCGAGCCGCAUUAAUGUAACUGAGUUCAAGUCUGGCGCUGGUGUCGAUCUAAUUGCGGUGCCAAAGAAGAUACGCAAGACUCUUGGAGAAUGUGGCAUGCCCGUGUCGAUCACGUAUAAUGCUCGCGUCCUCGGCACUGGCACUAUAUUCUUUCCUGCAACAACAAUAGAUCAAAUUGAAAACAACAUGUCUGAUCUGUUGCAUGUGGACCGCUGUUCUUUUGAGAAGGAUGGAGAAGUUAUUGGCAAUCUUGAGGUGCUCUGUCGCUUGAUUAUUAAAUGCGAUGAUAAGACAAAGAAGGGGGAAACCGAUUGUAGUCGAAAUAUGGACAGAAGCAUCCAACCGCAGGAUAUCUUGUUCGUUAUGAGUGAAUCCCAGCGAUGUCCCAGCCCUUGCGACCCUUGUCUAGAUGCUUGGGAGCCAGAGGAGGGCGACGAGCGCCUGAAGUUGGAUUUACAACGCUAUAGCCACUCUAAUGCUGCUGGCUUCAGGGCAGCAGAAAAUUUCAUACAUAGCCCAGCCGGUAAUGCAGCCUGCUGUGAGCUUAAGAAAAUGGCGCAGGAGUGUGGACAGAUUGUAGACUCGAUUACCAAUCGAGUUGGCCAUCCAAAGCCGUUAAAGUCGCCUUGUCGAAGACCCGACGAACUGGAUUUGGGAGCUCCUUGCAACGGUCCAGGUCCCUUUAACCAGGAGGAAAAGCUGCCGACUGGUUCACAUUUGCCCUGUUUUUCGUACCUGCCCGCUCGACAGGGUAAUAGCCCUGAUUUUUGCAGUCCGGAGCUGAUACCCGUGCCAAUAAGCGACACGACAAAGACAGAUAUCAAACCCAUUCGCUUUUGUCCCAUCUGCCUAACCAAUAUGUCAUGGCUGCCAAAAUUUGCUGCCUGUCCGAAUUGUGGUGUCAAACCCAUGCCGGUCGUUGAGGAACGCCAUAAGGAAAAGAAACCGACCCCAGACCAAAUAAUUCUUGAAUUUCUCGGCAAAUCUACAGACUUAAAAAGCGACUACUGCAAGGAUCCCUGUGACAAGACUAAAAGCCAGGAUGAGGAUGUUGAUGACAAAUGUCGGUGUACUUGUAAAUAUGGCAAACUGUGUACUCAUUGUCGCGUACGUCUGCUCUGCGCGGAUUUCUUUCAAUCGAAUAAUGAAGUGUGCCCCAGUGUAAAUCCAAAGUCCUCCGAGGAGGAUUUUUGUGUAAGAAAAGACGACACACGAGAAUGUCGGCCACAUUUAGCACGUGUGUUCUCCGAACUGCGCGAUUUGUAUAAUGUAAAUGAUGCUAAACCACCAGCGGAGUCCAAUAUUGAAUGCACUCAAAAGACCACACAAAGAAAGCCACGUCAAAAAACCAAUUCAGUCUCAGUUGAGAAGCGUAAAAUAAUUGAGAAGCCACACAAGCCCAGCGAUCGCAAACUUCCGAUCUUCGGUUUCGGACACAAGUUGUGCUUGAACAGUAAGUCGAGUGUCUCGCCUCGUCACGGAUGGGCUUGGUGCUUGAGAGAAGAGGCCAGUAAGCAUGGCUGGCGACCCGGCGCCAUUCGCAAGUCUGUCAAAAAGCUUAUGAAGUUCUUUUUACAGGACUCAACUGAGAGCAAUGCCUACAACAGGUGUAAGGAAGCACAAGAAGCUGAGAAAGAAAAAGAACGUCAGCUGCCAACACUCAAUGUGUGUAAAAAGGAUGGGGAAAUUCUCGUUACUCUGCGGGCCCUCAAUAAUUCAAACAUCAAGAUGAAGCCCAUUGUAUUUAAGGUAGUCAAAAGCGAUCUCGCAGUAGCUCUAAGUGAGAUCAAGAAGAAACUUAAGGAAAAGGGUUUUCCCAAGUGCACCUGCCACAAGUCGGUGAUGAUGUGCCUCUGUCGCAACCACGUGGAGAAGAAGCGUCUCGAAUCCGCACUGGAGAAGGAGUGCGAACACAGGGGCAUGGAGAACUGUGUAGAUCAUCUGGUGCUCACAGAUACCAGUAACAGCGAGAUGGAAUAUGAUUUUGAUGUGACACCGCCAGCAGCUUUAGCUAUGCCACCAAGUCCACCAAAGCACCGCACUAUCAACAAUGGUACACAAACUGUCAAAAAAGAUCAAAACGUGCCGACCAAAUAUCCAAUCCCUCUCAAUCCUUAUUGGCGGGCUUAUGACUGUGCUGCGGGAGAUCGAUACACGGGUACAGCGUUCGGUGCUCCUGGAGAAGCAGUGUUUGAGGAUGGUAUCUUUGGCCAGGGCGGCGGUGGACCACACGGGAAGUCGGGUUCAGGUGGACAUAUGCGUGGCGGUGGACGUACUGGACCAAGGGGAAAGCCCUUUCCAGGGGCUAAAAAACCACGUACUGGCCCAAGUCCGGCUAUUAUUGUAAAAAUGCCUAAGCGCUAUACUGAAGCGCUCAAGAAGGCUGAAGAAGACAAAAAAGCUGCAAAGGAGAAGGAGAUAGCAAAAAAGAAAAAGGGCAUUGACCCGAUGAAAUAUUUGAUGGAAAAAGGCACCGUUGACACACCCUGGGAUCCCAAAAACCCUAAGUCGAAGGGACAGCCGACUAAGACGGGUCCUGUAGUGGGGCCUGAUGGACUAACUGAUGCACAGCGCAAGCGUCGAGCUCUCAACGAGAUGUGCAUACCACCACUUGACAGCAUGCCCCGCCUGGGCAAGGGAUUCGAUCCUUGUCAAUGCUACGAUUUCUGCAACGCCCAAUGUUGCUAUCCAUAUUGUUAUUGUUGCUAAACGAUGCUAUUCAAAACAUGUUUAAACUCUCUAUGUCUCAGUCGCAGAAGAGAGUGCUCUUAUUAACAGAAACAAGGAUCAAUUCUACGUUGAGUCGUCUACAGUGAUUUGGUGUACUGGUAUAUUUUCAGUUUAGUGGAAUCGCCUUAAGCUAUCUUAAGAUUUUAUUUCAGUACAAAAUUUAUGUAACUUAUGAACCAUACUUUAUAGCCUGUAUAAACGUCUUCUUUCGAAACAAAAUAAAAGAUUUAUUAAAUUAUAAA